ACGUUUUUUUGCAGAGAAAUACAAAUCCAUGUUUGUCUCUGAUUUUUUGUAAGGUUGUUGUUGUUGUUAAGCAUCGUAUUCUGCGAUUUUUCCGCAAAUUCAAAGGUACAGGAUGGUGCGAACGGCUGCAUCAGCGGUUAGGGUAAGUGCUGGUACAUCGUCCAAAAAAGCUGGUGGUUCGACUCCAAGCGCUUCUUCGUUGGUAGGCAAUAGGGCGAAAAGUGGAAAUGGGUCGUCCAAGCUACCUCCAAUUGUGCACCAGGAAAUACCAGUCUGGCAAAAACCUAUAACUCGUUUUUUUAAAUCUGACCCAAUUAAAUCAAAUGUUGCUGUAAGUGAUAGCAAUUGCAAUGAAGAUCUAAAAAGUGCUGGUCCAAGCAAUAAUCUACAAAAACCCAAUAAAAUCUCUACAACAGAUGAAAAUUGUCAAGAAAAUAAGGAAAACAAGGAUGAGAAUAAAGGACGUAACCAAAAGUGUGAAGAAAUGAAAGGAAAUAAAAAAAAAGACGAAAAUUAAUAUCCAGUUUCAUAAAUAUUUGUUACAAAUUUUGUAUCUUUUGCAUUAUAAAACUAAUAUUUUUUAAAAAUAAAAAUGUGUCCUUAGAUAAUGAACAUAAUUAUAUGACACUUGAAAAUUUUAGACUAUGCAACAACUUUCGUACAUAUACUUAAGCCAUGAGUUUGUUUAGGCCUGAAGGAGUGGUUAAAGGAGUUUUUGAAGGUGUUUUAUGCUAUUCUUUUUCUAGAAUUUUGUCUUCCUGAAGUUAAUAUUUGUGUAGUAUUACUG